AUUGUCUAUACUCUGUGGUCUAUACCACAAAAGACGAUGUGUCGAAGAACUCGUUGGAAAGCUAGCAUUUUAUCGCUUCAAUUACUUAUGUUAUUAUUUACAGUUUCAUUUAAUAGUAUAAAGGGACACCUAGUUGGCGAUAAAGCUCAUUUGACCGAACUGAAAAAAUUAUGCGAGCACGCAUACACAUGUUUUCAUGACACCGUCAUUAUUUGUGGAAAAUCGGUCAACGAAGCCAGAACAUUCAUUGAUCUAUGCGAUUUGUAUGAAUACUCCUGUGAAUAUAAUAUGGUUUACAGGCAUGUAAAAGAAGAAGAUGGAGUUUGUCCAAACCCAAAGGAGUUAGGUACCGGUAUUGGGUAGUAAAAAAUGCAAAAAAUACAAUGUAAAAAUCAAUGAAACUUAUAUUUUCCGUUAAAAUGUAAUACAGAAAUU